UUUGUUUCUUCGUCUUCACCAGAAGUUGGAAGCCCCUAGCAACAAGGGUGGGACUUAACAACUCUGAUAGACUCAGUCCUUCAACUGAACAGACAAGUACAACCCAUUCCUGGUUGCUGUCUCCACCCAUUGAGAAGGUAAAGGUUCCCCUCACACAUAUGUGCUAGUUGUUCCCGACUCUACGGGGUGGUGCUCACCUCCGUUUCAAAGCCGAAGAGCCAGCGCUGUCUGAAGACAUCUCCGUGGUUAUGUGGCCAGCAUGACUAAAUGCCAAAGGCGCACGGAACGCUGCUACCUUCCCACCAAAGGGGUUAUUUGAUACAACAUAAUUCUGAAGGCAAGAAGGUAAGAAAAGAAGGCAAGAGAAAAUACUUUGGAUGUGAUAAAAAGAAGAAGGAUUAAGGAAGUCCCCAGGAAAUAUAAGUAUUUCUCAACAAAUCAAGAUUUUACAACAAUAAUCAUCCACAUUAACAUUGCCCUUGGCCGUAAUCAGCCCCUGAAAAAGGAGAAACCAAAAUGGAAAAGUGAUUACCCCAUGACGGAUGGACAGCUACGUAGCAAGAGAGAUGAAUUUUGGGACACAGCACCUGCUUUUGAAGGCCGCAAGGAAAUCUGGGAUGCCUUGAAGGCUGCAUCACAUGCGUUUGAGAACAAUGAUCAUGAACUGGCACAAGCAAUCAUUGAUGGUGCAAAUAUAACUUUACCACACGGUGCUCUGACAGAAUGUUAUGAUGAACUGGGAAACAGAUACCAGCUUCCUGUCUACUGCCUUGCCCCACCCAUCAACAUGAUAGAAGAGAAGGGUGAUCUAGAGACUCUGGAUUUUCCGGAUCCACCGCCUAACUCCGGUCACGAAUGCCAGCUUCGUUUACGCCUCUCAACAGGCAAAGACCUCAAACUUAUGGUCCGCAGUAUGGACACUGUGUAUCACAUGAAGAGACGACUACACACAGUGGAAGGCGUAGAACCUAGAAGUCAGCGAUGGUUUUUUUCAGGCCGGCCACUCGCAGACAAAAUGAAACUGGAGGAACUGAAAAUACCAAGGGAUUAUGUGGUACAAGUAAUUGUGAGCCAGCCCUUAACAAAUCCUGUCUUGGUGGAGAACUGAUUUUUGCCUAUAUGCCUCUUCUUUCCUUUCCCUGUUCUUCUAUCAUGUGGGAACUUUUUCACUUUCCAUUCUCUCCUACAAAUGGUUUGGUUCCAAGCAAAGACCAGCAAACCCUCCAUCUGUGAUGGAAUUUAGGUAAAAACAUACAUGAGCAAAUAUACGCACACACAAACCUUAUGUACAAACUCACAGUCCCUGUUUCUAAACUAUCCUUGGAGGUUUUGUUCAAUUUAGUAUUUUUUGACAUCACUCUUAACAAAGUAAAUGGAAAAAUGUUUGUGAGAGAGUGAUCCUGAAAUUCAAGGUAGAUAAUGAUAAAACUGUGCUUUGAACUAUAAGUGAUGUAUUGAUCCAUGAAGGUGAAAAGCACUUUUUAAAGGAUUAAACCAAAUCGAACUGUUUCAUGAAAUCAGUGUCACUUAUAGUUCAGCCGAUCAUUGUAGCUCCCCUGGUUAAUCUAGCAUGCUGUGAUAUUUGUAGGGGUUGUUUCUAUUAGGGUUUUAUUUACUGGCUCAGUAAGACUCCUGCUUAAUAAUGAGUAGCAAAGAACUAGAGGUACACUCCAAUAAUGGUAUGUUCUCAAAUUUAGGUUUUACUAAACGUUUUGGUACAUUCCGAUUUAGCAACAAAUAGCAAUUUGCUAGGGCUGACUUCAGGGUGUAUAAAUACUGCCUUUUGAAAAAUUAGGCAAUAAUUUAUUAAAUACAUAAUUUCUUGUAUACUGUAAGCGGUCCACUAUAAGGAAACUUGCCGUACAAAUCCCACCAAUAAAAGGGCCUAUCAAAUAAUUGUACACUAUUAUGAUUGGUGAAAAAUGAAUAUUCAAAGUAUACCAGCUUGAGAAUAUAAAAGGCACAGGACAUCUUUUAUUUAAUAUGUUCACCUCUGAUAUUUAAAACAAUAGUUUUGAACCUUCUUUACCCUCAAAAAUAGCAAUGAACUAAUUAGGAAAAAGCACAAGCUGGUUUCAUACACUUUUCUAAUAAGAGUUCGUCUUGCUUGAUAGCAUUUUUACCCACUGAUAUUUGUAUUUCUUUGCCAUAAUCAAACCUGAGGUUUUUAUUCCUACUCAAAUAUACAUACAUAUGUAUGCGCACACACAGAGACACACAGACACUGCCAUUGUACACAGUAUGGGAGAAAAUUAUGAGAAAGGAUUGGGAAGAAAAAAAACUUCACUAGCAGGUGAAAAUAUUAUAGACUGUAUAACACUAGAGCUUUCAAAUAUACCAUUAGACCCAUAAGUACAUUUUUGGGGAUUCUGCAUUGCAUGUAUAUUUAUGUUAUUUUCCCUGAAUCCCUAAAUAAGUUAUAGAGAUGGAAACUUGCAUUAAGACUGGAUUCAUUUAGUUUGUAAAAGCAGCAUAUAUACCCCCCAUAAACGUUUAAAUAAGAGAGCAUCUUUUAAGUGCUCUUAUCUUCCAUGACACCUCUUCAUACUUAGGCAUUUAACAGUGUAUAAAGAGUGCCUGUGGCAAAUAGAUUAUAACUUUUUAUAGUUGAUAGAUUUUAAAUGAUGUCAUUUAUCUAGAGCUCAAUGUGAACCUUAGCAAUAUCAUACAGGAUUUUCCCUUUAGAAUCUGAAGGGAAGACAUUCUUUAGGGAAGUAGGUGCAGUAUAUCCUUUAAGAGUGCUUUGAGUAACAUUAGUAAUGAUUCUCUCUAGAAUAAUUAAUACGUUUGGAGAAUGGCACUGAUCAAGUGUAUCAGAACAAUGGGCAUAUUCAUCAAAUAUGUCAUUUUAAAGUGGGGCCUGUCAUUGGGUCUGCUCCUUGAUUCUGACAUGGUCAUGUGCUUGCUAGUAAUGUCAUCAUUUCUGACACAACUUUUGCUGGCUAAAUACCAAAUCUAAUUUAUCUUUCUUUAUGCACAUGGACCUUACAGUUACAGAACUUCCAGUUUUAAUUAAAUUGAUUUUUUAAAAUAAAAUAUACAAUGUGCGUUACGCCCUGAUUUUUUCAUUUAGAAAUCAGUUUUUAUAUUUACAUGACUGUAUCAUGUGUCACAACUAUAGAACUCUUCUGGCCAUUGUCUAUUGCUGUUUGAUCUAGAUUAGGGUCAGUUAGUAACUAAAAUGUUUUCAUAGAAAUAUUCAGUAAACAGUAACUUUUUUAAAAUUGUUGAUUAAAUUUCCCUUUUCCUGAAACAGUUGUUGGUGUUCCAUUAAUAUUAAGAGCCCAACAGUCAUUGAAUGAAUUCAAAAUCCUGCAUAUCACUAGGGAUACUUUUUAAUAUUGUGACUAUAUCAAGCAAGGUCUGGAUGUGCUUUAAAUGGAAAUUUAAAUUUCUACAAUGUUCGAAUUUUCAUUUAUUUGGGCAGUGCCUAGAUAAGGAAUAUGCACUACAUAUUGUGCAAGUUACAGGAUUAUAAUCAGGAAAACUAUGACAAAAAUUAUUAUUUAGCACUUUUUAUUUUUUCCAGGAUUAUUUAGAAAAGGAAGAAAAAUUGCAACUAUUAAGGAAAAAGUGAAAGUAUAUAUAGUCUGAUGAUUUUUGUAACUAUUGCCCUUUUUUAUGUGUUCACCAAGUUUAUCAAAUUAAGUUUCUUGAUUGUUCCCCAGUGAAUUAUAUUUACAGUACUGCUGCCACAAAUAUGGGGGUAGGGAUGGUGGAAUCAGCACAAAGGGAGUGAGCACCAGCUCCUUCCUAUCAUUGGCAUUCACUCAACUCUCUGUAGGAAAAAGGGCAGGCAAAUCUAUCCUGUAUCAGUUUUGUCAAUUAAUAGGUAAAUCAAAAGAGCAAGGAACAUUUCUUUUGCUCUUCAUUGAGAUAAGAGAGUUUUCCUGUUGUUCAGAGAACGAAGUUGAUGCUUUUCAGUGUUGAUGCAUCAGGAUUCAAUUGUGGAUCCUCAACAGCCGAAGAAUGCUGGCCAACAUGAUUAUAGAUGUUUUAGAAUUACUGUAAUAAUUUUGUAAAAACAACAUCUGGAAUAUAGUCAGCUCUAAAGUGCUCAUCAGUAACCCUAUUGCUCUGAAGUAACAAUCACCAGAAUACAUUAGAAUAGUUUCUGUAUUUCCCACAGUCCCUAGUGGGCUUUCAUGAACAGACUGCACAUUGGGACAUUUUUUUUUAACGCUCUGAUCAUUUUUCUCUAACCUGCUUAUAAAUCAACUUGGAAGGCACAUUGCAAGACAUUUCCUGAAAAAAUGGAGGAUACCUCUCUUACAAUUAGAAUGGAAUACUUUGGAAAAAAAAAUGAAUUAUCCAUAAAGUUAGAAUUUGGUUAAUGCCAACAAAAGAUCAGUUUGGGGCAGGUGCAUGAUAAUUUAAUUACUUCUUUUGCACUGAUGUAAGAACUUCUAUUCAUAAAUAAGGGAUAUUUAAUAUCUGGUUUAAUUCAUGCGUAUCAUGAAUAAUUUUUACUUUGAAUAGAAAUUGUUUCUCAGAACAAAAGAAGAGUCUGGUGAGUCUAUUAUUUCUUUCUUUUUCUGCUCCAAAGAAGUUUAUAAUAUGUCAUCACCACCAUCAUCCAACUCUUAAGAAAUAAUAAGGCAAUUACUGUAGGCUUUUAAUGUUGUUAAUCUGCAAGAAUUAUCAGUUAUUCUGCAAUAACAGAAGUUCAAGCAAGCACUGUAUUAAACUGUAUUUGUAUGUAGUCCAGAUUCUGAUUCACUGCCAGCUCAUUGUCUACAAAAUGUGCCUCCCACUCCACGCCCACGUAAGGUAAUGUAUAUGAUAAAGAUAUAAUACCUGACUAAGUUAUCAAAUGCAAACAACAGUUUCCCCAAUAGCUACAUCAAAUUCCCAUAACAUUUCUAAUUAACAUUCUUUUGCUGUUGAAUUAGUGAAUAUAUCCUACUAUAGUAACUCUGUUUGCACCCUUGUCUGACAAAGAUGUCAGUACUAUAUGCUUCAGAGUUAAUGGGUAGUUUAUAAUUUGCUUGUUCUGGAAUGGUCUGAAAGACAAAGGACAGUAGCAGUGCUUGUACUCCAUUAUGUACAACAACGUAGCAACAAAUUAAUAUAAGACGGAUAGUGUUCACUGUGCUUCACUAUGCUGUGGAAAAAGUUGUCAGCAAGAUUAAAGAAAUGAUAAUAUAAAAAUCAUAAUUCUCUCAUCGCUAAAGAGAUGUUCAAGAAAUAAUUUGAUAAGAAAAAUAUGUUUUUAAAAUAUGGUAAAAGCAAUAUAUUUAGUUGGGAGAUAAUGUUUAUUCGAUAACAUGAUAUAAACAACUGACAAAGUGCAGAAAAGAUUUUACAGAAAUGCUUUCAUUUUUUAAACAUCCAAACCCAAACAUAAAUUAAUGCAACAGUUAUGUGUAUAUGUGUGAUGUGGAAAGACAGACAGACAGACAUAUACGUAGGUGCAUUGGAAGCAUUGGCAUAUUAGUGUUGAUUUUUUUUUCUUGCUUAAUUUUGAAUGUUAUAAUCAUAUACACCACUUGAAAUUCUUUGAUGUUUUAACACAAACAAUCCUGGUUUGUUUCAUUUUUACAUGAUUGUGCAUUCAUAGUGUUUGCUUAUGAUUAUGUGGCGCUUUCCUUGAAGUGCAGUUUCUUCAACAGUCUAGCAUGGGCUUCACUUAAAAAUGCCUCCCAAGUGUGCUUUAAAAAAUCCAUUUCUACCAACAGUAUGUAAAUAGCAGAAAGAAAUGCUAUGUAUGGAAGAUAUAGAAAUGAACCAGUCUACAUUUUCAUCAUUUUACUCAAAGCAAGAGAAUAUUAAACUAAUACUAGCAAUUCCUUUUGGCAAGCAUCCGUAUUCCCAAGAUUAGUUGGCUGAUUUUUAAAACAAUGAUGUAGCCAUGAACUAUUCAUUUUUUUAUUCAACUCUUUUGUUUCCCUCCAUCCCAUUUUGAGAGUGGAAUAUUGGAAAGCAUAUCAGUAAAUGUAUAGAACUAAAAAGUAUAAACGUGUGGGGAGGUUUUCCCUUAGAAUUUGCUUCAUAAUUAAGUUUGAACAACAGUGAUGGGUUUCCACAUGGCAUUAGCAAUCCAUGAAAAAUUAUGCUCAUGCCUUCUGAUUAAGGUCACGAGGUAAAUAUUUCUGGAAAUAGUCCAGAUGGUUUGUAAACCAGAACUAUGCUGUUAAGCAGAAGAUCCAAAUAUUGAUUUUAUGGAGAAUAGUAAAAAUGCAUCUGUUUGAUCCCUUUUUCUUUCCUGGUAGUUAAAUCAAGCCAAAGAUGGAAGUCAGCUUAAAUGGGUAUUUUUGGUUCUUUUGAUUUGAACUCACAGAUAUACAAACUAUUUCUGGGGCUUUAACUGAAAUAAUGAAAUUGCCUUCUAUCAAGGGCCUUCAUUGUGCCUCUCUUCUCCAUAUCCUGGGAAUGUCAAGAAACUGGAGACAGCCUUUCGAGCAAUUGUACGCUAGGCAGCUGGCAGUGUAUAAUGACACUCUUUUCUGGUGUGCUGAGCAAAGGACUCAAGUUUAAUGUCCUAUUUGCCUCAUGGUAGUGGCUUCCAAAGAUGGCUGGUACCAUCAAUUUGUAUUUCUUGAAUAAAAUAUCUUCUCUUUUUCUGGUAAAUCCUUUUUUGUACACUGUUUGUUGUGUGCCAUGUAUUUAAGAGGCAUUCAUGUUCUACAGAUGGUUAGUAAUGCAGUACACAAUUUCAGUGGCUAAAAAGAAAGUCAGAGGAAUUACAGUGACGUGACACCUUUUCUUCCUGUAACUUUUAUAAAAUUAAAAAAAAAUAACUUUA